GAUAGAAAGUCUUUGAUCUUGAGCUAAAACGUCAUUGAAUAUUGUAAACGGCGUUCUUUGGUACCAAAUGAUGGCGAACGGUAUAUUUGGAUAAAGGAUAUUUGGCCAGUUUCAUUAGUGUUGUUUUUUGAAAUUUUGUCUAAUAGGUUUCAGCAGUUCGUGUAGAUUAGGAUUGUGUUUUGUUGCGGAUGGUUUUCUGGAGAGAAUAGAUAGUGCUUAAUGCAUUUAAGGUUUAUAAAUUUUGUUAUACUUUGGCUCUUGUCGAAUUUGAGUGGUCAAUAACCUAAAAGUUGAGUAUUAGGGUGGUUGAAAGUGGAUAACUACUUUUUAAAUAAUUUCUUUUGUGAUUAAUUAACUCGAUCAGGAGGAUACAUUUACUGUGAGCAUUUUAUAUAACACGCGAAAGGACCAAAACCAUGAAAUAUAUCUAGUUCUUAAUGAAGAUGAGUGAAGAAAACAAAGACGAGGUUAACAUCCUGGAUGAAAUUCUUGAUAAUUCAGCUGACGUUUAUGAAUAUUUAGCCAAAGAGGACGGGGGUCAAGAAGAAAAUUCAAGUGCAAAACCAGAAGCGAGUGGAAAUAUUAGCAAAAUACCUGUUAAAACGACAGUUAAAAAAGUGGACCCCAAAACAAGAAAAACUAAGAGAAAAGGGAAGCCGAAGAAAAUUCCUCCCAAAGUGACAAAUUACAACAAGAAUGAGAAGCUAAGCCCCAAGGAGGCCGCUCCAAAAGAGUCACCAAAAGAUGUUGAACCUAAAGAAAAAGUUUCUCGCACUGUGGAAGAGUCAGUUGAGGAGCAAACAUCCAUGGCCCCUGAGCCUGAAGAAAAUACCACUAGUUUACCAGACAUGAACAAGAGAGAAACCAAGGAUCCUAGUAGCUCAGAGGAGCAUAACACCACACUUGUUGAAGAAAACCACAAAACUGAAGAAUUCAAAGACACAGAGGCAUCAAAAUUCUCCUCACAAGAAUUUGAUACCAGAAGUGAAGUUAGUUCAUCAUCCUCAGAUUCAAAUUCAAGUUUACAUAGCAUGACAUCAAGUAGUUCAGAAUCGGAGCGAGAACGAGUUGAGCCUCGAAGCAGUGCUGUGAAAAGGAAACGAAAAAGUUCUCAUGAGCGUAGAAGUCCUGUUCAUAGCAGUCACAGCUCGAAACGUUCCAAAACUGUUCGCAAAACUAAAUCAUAUGAUUACAUCACAAAAUUGAAUUAUUUGUUUCGAGAUGCUCGCUUUUUUGUAAUUAAAAGUAACAAUGCUGAAAACAUAACAUUGUCUAAAGCCAAAGGUGUUUGGUCUACCCCUCCACAAAAUGAAGCAAAGUUAAAUCAAGCUUUUCGGGAAUCGCGGAACGUUCUUUUGGUUUAUUCAGUCAAAGAAAGUGGCAAGUUUGCAGGUUUUGCUCGGUUGGAAUGUGAGUCACGUCGAGAUGUGCCUCCUAUUUCCUGGGUGCUGCCCCCAGGCCUAUCAGCAAAUGCUCUAGGUGGUGUAUUUAAAGUUGACUGGGUUUGCAGAAAAGAAUUACCAUUUUCCAAGACACAACAUUUAUACAAUCCUUGGAAUGAAGGUAAACCUGUGAAGAUAGGAAGGGAUGGCCAGGAAAUUGAGCCUCGUGUUGCUGAAGAAUUGUGCAGACUUUUCCCAAUGGAUGACGGGAUUGACAUGACCCCAAUUCUGCGCAAAUCUAAAGAAGCUUCAAGACAAAUGCGGCCUCGAGUGCAUAGGCCCCAACAUAGGCCAUUAGCAGUCUCUGGCCGUGGCAUGGGGCACAUUUCUGGGAGCAGGGGCAGACGUCGUCACAUGGAAGAUGGCUUUGAACCACCGCACAAAAGAAGCAGAGGUCCUGGUUUUAUGUCAAAUUACUUCAAAGAGCAUCGAAGAGGAAGAUCACCUAACAGAUAUGCAGAACGAGACCGCACAUUUAACGGGGUUCAUCAGGCCUAUGGAGAUUUCAUGAGAGAUUUCCAUGCCAGAAGCGGGCCACCUCUUGCUCCCAUGCCAUACCCGCCGCCGCCACCUUUCGUAGAUUCCUUGCCUCCGCCUCCUCGCUAUUAUGAAGGACCACCUUUACCGGAAUAUUCCACACAAAUGAGAUCCAGUAGAUCUGAUAAAAGAUCAUACGAUCGAUCAGUGGAGGAGUUUCUGCGGAGGACAUCAGAAAGAAGAGAUAGAGACCGAGAUAGGGAUAGAGAUCGUGAUCGUAGAUACAGGGAUCGCCGAUGAUGAUCAUUUGUAAGGAUUUUAAUUAUAUUCGUGACAGUUAUGUGUAUACAUUGUCAACACAAUAGUGUUAUAUUGUGAAUGUUCUUAAGAAUAUUUCUUGUAAUCUGUGGUAUGAUGAAUUGGCUUAAACUUGUAUUAAUGGAAGAAUGCUAAAAAAUUUUCUCCCUUGAGUAGCUCGUAAUUGCUUCAUAUUCAGUUUACCAUGCGGUAAUCUCUGAAUGUUAUGGUAGCAGUGAGCAUGUAUGGAGUUCAUAAUACUGAAAGGAAAUGGCCGAGAAUGCAUAUGAUAUGGUUCUUUGGCUAAACUAUGUACAUAUGACCAACUGCGUUCUUAUAUUAAUACUAGUAUAUAUGAUGGUUCUUGAAAUAAAAUAUCCAAAGUCGAGUAAGAAGACUGAAAUCGUAAAACCACAAGCAUCAUUGUGUCUUAGAGCAGAGUUAUGGAUGGAUAUAUAUAAAUAUAUCACAAACAAAACACAUUUUCCAAGUUUGCAUCAUUUAUUCUAAUUUUUCUUAGAUUUGCAGUGAUAUUUAGAAAGAAUUUUUCACUUGUUGCCACAUUGUAGAUUGGUGGAUGUUUACAUAGAGAAUGUCUCACAUAUUUGUUAAAAAUAAAAUGAAGCUGACCUUAUUCAGUUUAAUUUCUAGUCUGUAAGAAUAUAUUGACAUCACUGGGGGGGGGGGGUAUGGAGUUAUACCCAUGCUUUCUUGAAUGCUUUUUAUUUGACAUUUAAGAAAACAAUUUUUAAUUUUUGAGUUGCACUGUUACUACUUGGGGUUGUUGAUAUUGGCCAGUUUGUUAGUAGAAUAUACAUAUACCUGAUAGAACACACCUGUAUAAAAUAAAUUAUGUAUCUCAUGUAACUUGUCUGUUAUUUUCAAAAGUAAUCAUUAGAAGGAAAGAACAUUGUGAGCGUGUGACUAUUUACUAAAAUGCAUUAUUCUUUAAUACAUUUUUUGUUUGUGAAGCUUGUUGUUUAGCAUUAUUUGAUAUGAGAAAUAUUCAAAUUCUGUUCCAUUUCCUUCAACUUUCUUUCAAAUUGAUCUUGUGACAUAUCACAUUUUUGUUGAUGUUAUCAGUUCUGUAUUUUAAUUUCAUUGCAUGUUGGUAUCUAUAUUAUGAUUUUCAACAAAGCUAUUUAAGAGCUAUUGCAAAUGCAGAAGACUGUAUCCAAUGAACAGACCUUUGUUUUCUCGUGAAGGAUAUUAAUUCCUUUCAACUUGUAUUGGGAUGGACAAGAGAACCAUAGAGCUAUUGUUUUACCAGCACUUGCUGUUGCAUGACAUUCCAAACUAACAUACAGGAACUAUAUCAAAAUUAUUUGUGUAAAUGGGGUUAGUAAAUUUUCAAAUCCAAGAAAUUACAAUGGUAAGGUCAGCUUUAAGUCAGCGAUUAGAAAUAGUGCUCAGAAGAUAUUGUAGGCCAAGCUUUAUCACUUGAAUUGAGCAUUGAAUUGUUCAAGCAGUUGUAAAAACAAAAAGAUGCACAGAUUGGAAUAAACCAAAGGAAGAGGUGUUUAUUGGGUUUUCCUCUAAUAUAUUUCAGUGUGUUAUCAGUCCUUUUUCUAGUAAUUCUGAAAAAGCAGAGGGAAAGCUGAUUUGAAUGUAUCCUAUAAACAUGACCAAAGUAAUCUACUUCUGAAUUAGUAUUUCUUGUGGAAUAUUCUUGUAUUUUGCUCUUUCUAUUCAUCUAUUUUCAUGCCUCUCUAGCGAUAUGUUUUUUUGCAUUGAGUUGGAACAAGUUCAAUGAGAAAUGGAUUCAGUUGCAAUAUUUUACAUGAAUGUACAUUCAGUGGAAUGAGCUGAGUGUCUGGAUAGUACCAUGUUAAAAUUGAUAUUUUGGCCACCUUGUGCGACAUUCUUUGUACAAUUACAACUUCUGUAAAGCAGUUAAUUUCUAAGAAAUAAGGCCAUUAUUUUAAAAUGGCAAUGAAGACAAAUUUAAAUAUGGAAUUGUCUGGACAGUUCAGAUUGAGAUUACUAAUGUUCUUAGUUAUUUUAAAGGUAAAGAUAUUUCCUCUAUUUACAAGUAAUGACACUGGAUACUAUUAUAAUGUGAAUGAUGUAGUUAUUCUUAAUUAUGAAAAGUGCAUUUCUUUUUAAUUUGAAAGACUUCAUUGUUAUCUUUAGUUUUAUUUCAUGAAUAAAUUUUAAGAAUGUUGGAUUCAUGUGUUUGUUGUGUAGAAAACUAUAGUCUGUCCACUCUACAAUGACAACAAUUUUUUGUUUGCUGUGUGGAAGCAAAAUAAUUUUCAUAUUAUCGAUUAUCGGCCAAACUUUACCUUUAUUUCUUCUUUGUUCCUUAGUUUUUUUCUUUUUUUAAUAGUGUCCUACUGUAAUUGUCCAAGUAAAUGUGAAUUGAAACAUAUAUUAAAAAACUGUCAAUUUAAAAUUGGGAUUCAAAAACACAAAAAAAGAUUAAGUGGGUUAAAAAGAAGGUAGGAUUUGAAAACAGAAAUUGUGAAGUGUAUCAUGUAUUUAUUCCAUACUUCUAGAAUGAAAUUUAGAAACGGAGUGAAGAUUUAACUUUAUUACAAUUUUAUUAAAAUUACUCCAUAGAUUUUAAUUCAUUUAAAAUUUGUAAUAUUUAUAAGGGAUAUAGAAGAGAAAAGUGUUUGAAGAAGGGAAAUGUAAAGAUGGAAGCAAGAUGAAUGAAAAUGCUAGUUUGAUAUGGAUAUUAGUAAAGCAAAAGAUUAACUUUUCAGGUCUUGAUAAAAAAAUCCUAUAUUCACAUACAGUGGACAUUCAACUGACAUUUUCUGCUUACAGAUUUGUUAAGAGUAGUUAAAACUUUGAAUGAUGAGUGUUUGGGGGAUCUGUGAAGUACUUUUUUUUUCUGCAAGUCAGAGCAGCUGCAAUUAUUGGAAAGUCAAUUUGCAUUGUACAGGUAUAUUAUUCUAUAUUGUAUUUCCAUUUCUCAUAUGAACAGUAAUUUUUGAUAUCUUUUAUAUCAAUUUUCUUCUCUAUAAUUUCUAUAUGGUGUAUCAUUUUAAUCUGAUCUUUCAUUAUUUCUUCUAGCGCUAUUUAUAAUUAUUCUACCUUAGUUUAUAUCAGUCAAUAUCAAAUUGUCUUUAUCUUGUUAUAAAUUUCCAAUGAAAAAUUAAAUUUGUUUUAAUUAUUACUCCUUCCUUUUACCUGCUUGUUUUUAUUUCUGUAGAAUUACUCUCUCAAUUAGUAACAUUGAUGUUGAACAUCUGUGAAGUGAUAACUACUUUUCUUGUACCUUGUUCAACCCUUAUUACUGAAACUGAUUUCAAUGUUCAAAUAAAUCCGAAACUGAAAUUCAGAAGGUUAAUCUUUUGAGGAUUUCAAAAGAAAAAGAUGCUUAUAUUGAUAGGAAUUUUUAAGGAAAUUUAUAAUAAUAAAAAGAGUUAUAUGUUGCCAAUUCCCAGAAUUUCAAAAUUAAUGUGAUGUAGAGAUACACAGGCAAAAAUGGUUUUUUAUAGUAUUCGUGCAAUUGUUUACUGCACUGAUGUUUUAGUGACGUGUAUCAGCAUUUCUUAAUUAGCAAUCCAGUUUUACAUAAUAAAUGACAGUUCAUAAAUUUAGUAAUGCUAGAUUUCCCAGGUACUCAUUGCUUUGGAAAUAAAUUUUUAGAUUAGAAAAUGUUUCCUGUCUGCAGUGCCUCAAAACAUGUAAUUGUUUUAUUGAAAAUGUUAGCCCAGCACUCAGGAUUUGCUCACAGAAUUGCAAGAAAUCAGGUAGAAUCAAAUUUAUGUGCUAGUGGUAGUUUCUUAGUGGCAGUGAAUUAUAUAAAAUGAGUAAGUAUAGUGUGUCACAGGUGCAAAAUGUAAACUAAUUUUAAGAGUUUAAUUGUGUAGAUUAAAUCUGAAAUACUUAGUGAUUAGUAAGAUAAAUUAAUUUUUGCCAAUGUUUACCGAUGACAAUCAGUUGAUCAGGGAACAGGCUGAAACGCUUUAAAAGAAGGAUGAUUGGAGAUGAACUCUUCUCCUUUUUUUGAAAUUUUCAGCUACUUUUGUAUUUAGUUUAUUUCUGUGUAAUAGUGGUUUUUAAGUACAAAAUUGGUUUAAACUAAGUGAAUCACACCAGCAUUGACAUGUCUUGAUGUUAAUAAUGUUUUGAGCAUGAGAAAUAAAAAUUCACCAAAUGUAUUUUGUCUGAAUUUUUAUUGUAUUGGACACUACAAUUGACUUGUUUAAUUAAUUCACAAUAUCAGUGUUAAAAAUGUUAUGUAAUUAUUCUAGAGUUAGAUUUCUUUGUAAUGAAGGAUGUUUUUGAAGUAGCAUACUUCUGACUUCAUUUUGUGAAGAAAGCCGUCAGUCUUGUUCCAUUAUUUUUCCUCAUAUCUUCUGCUGAUACAGCUGCUCUUACCAUUUGAAGCACUGUAAGUUGAUGCCAAAAUGUGUAUUGGAGGUAAACAUAAUAUGAAUUUCCAACAUAUUAAUGUUCUGAGAAG